AUGCCUCCCAAACGAGCCUGUGAUACGUGUAUUGCACGGAAAAUCAAAUGCAGCGGAUCCUGGCCCUGUGGUUCUUGCUGCGAUUCCAUUAAGAAGGUUGAAUGCACCUAUCUCAAGUCACCGCGGAGAAGAGGCCCUAAGGUGAGACGCGCAGUCCGACGGGACCCAGAAUUAUCUCAGAAUACCCAGCCUGGAUAUAAUCAUCUAUUCUCAGUUGAUGAUACGCCGCAGGGUAUAUCUGCAGACAUUUCUCUCCCGGCUCGCAUAUCCAAAGAAACCAUCGCCGGUAUUGUGCGUCUCUACCAGGAACAUUCUUAUAGUGUCUGGCCAGUGAUCAAUGCCAAUGCUUUACUUCAACAGAUGGAAGAUGUUGAGCUUGAAAACACAAAUAGUGCCUUGGCGAAUAUUACCUGCCUUGUGACUGCAUUAUGCGCGGCGACCAUGGCCCAGUUACAGCUUGACCCGGUGAUGGGGACAGUGGAUUCCACGGUUAUGGCGAGGAUUUGCCUCCGGAUCAGAUCCCAAUGCUCCGAAAAUGAAGAGCAUGUUGAUUUGACCAAUGUUCUGGUAUCAUUCUUCUUGCACGUGUAUUAUGCAAAGGUCAACCAAUGCAGCACUGCGUGGAAUUACAUCCAGGAGGCGAUUUCCAUGGGUGCGCGGAUUCUUCACCGUGACCUAGAUGACACGCUAGGACAUCCAGAAUGGCUUCCAAUUGACCAGGAAUUUGAAAAUGAUAUCACCCAUAAUCGCGACUUGGUUUUCCCUCUGUUGUGGGUUUCAGAGAGGUAA